AUGGCACUGGCCCUCAUCCUGGUGCCCCGACCCUCCCUGUCGCUGCACCCCAGCCACGGGGUGUCCCUGGGGAACAACGCCACCCUGCAGUGCCAUCUGACCCAAUUGGGUGUGUGGGUCUGGCUGUACCAGGAAGGAGGUUGGACAUACAACAAGUACAAUAACAAGGAGCAGGACACGACUGAUUUCUGCUUCUUCAGCACAAAUUGGCAGCACGCAGGUACAUAUCGGUGUCAGUACCGAGUGCCUUGGUCAGGAAUGGUAUCCGAGAGAAGUGACCCUGUGGAGCUGGUGCUGACAGAUCACAGUUUCCCCCCACCCAGAAUUUCCCUGAGCCCUGAGGAAUGUGUGGAGAUGGGGACCAAUGUCACCAUCCAGUGCUGGAAUAGGGACUAUGGGGCCGCCUUCCUCCUGCACAAGGAUGGGUGCUCAGCCCCCAUCCAACGCCAGGACUCCAAUGUGGUGGGCACAGCCACCUUCACCAUCUCUGGGGUGACCCCAGCUGACAGCGGCACCUACAGGUGCUCCUACCGCCCCUCGGGUUACCCCUUUCUGUCCUCACCCCUUGGGAGUAACGUGACUCUGGAGGUGACACCCACAGCUGCAUCCCCAGGUGCUGCAGACAGUUCCCAUGGGGACCUGGUGGUGGCAGUGGCUGGGGGCUGCACUGCUGCCUUUGUCUUCAUACUCGUCCUUGUCAUCUUCUUCCUCCUUGCUGGCUGCAGACGUUGGAUACGGAGAGAUGAGAGCCCUGGCAACCCUGCAGAAAAGCCUGAGGACAUAGAGUUCCAGGUAAGUGUCCAGGUCAGGGAACCCCAAACUCCGGCCUGACCCUUGGAACAACUCCUGAUCCCAUUCACAGCCCCAAACCCUGUCCAUGGGGACCCCAGGAGAUCCACAGCCUCAUAUGGUUUGCCUCAAUGUUAAGGACA